AGCGCCAUGUAUAGGCCUGGCAUAUGUACUACAGGAAAUCUUUCAGGUUGUCCUUAUUGACGCUGGAACCGGAAAUCAACAUACGAAACUUCCUGUUGUAGUGUGCGAAGAUGGCGCCGUCCUUGUUCAAUUUUGUCGAUGCAAAAGACAAAUUCACGGCUUCUGCCAAGGCUGCACUUACUGAUAAAAACAGCAAUUCGUUGUUAAGUGUUUUUAACCAGCUACCGGGCAAUGAGACCGAAAAGAAAACCACUCUUGAUCAGGCUCUGAGGGGUGUUCUUGGAGAUCAGAUUGUCGUGAAGCAAGUGAGCUGCGAUGACUACCUGGCUCUUAUCUAUCUGAGUAUUGACUGUGUAAAAGAGGGUAUCUGUUCUGCCACAACACCUUUCAUUCUGCUGGGAGAUGUACUGGAUUGCCUACCUCUGGAUCAAUGUGACAAAAUAUUCACAUUUGUGGAAGAGAAUGUCUCGACAUGGAAAUCGAACAACUUCUACACUGCUGGGAAAAACUACCUGUUAAGAAUGUGUAAUGAUCUUUUGAGGAGACUCUCCAAAUCUCAGAACACAGUAUUUUGUGGGAGAAUACAGCUUUUCCUGGCACGGCUCUUUCCUCUGUCUGAGAAAUCGGGUCUCAAUCUCCAGAGCCAGUUUAAUCUUGAAAAUAUAACAGUUUUUAAUAAAAAUGAACAGGAAAGUACUCUACUACAGAAGGCUGCAGAUGAGAAAGAAGAUGGAAUGGAGGUGGAAGAAGGAGAGAUGGAAGAGGAGGAUGCUCCUGCACCUUGCUCCAUUCCGAUUGAUUACAACCUGUACAGAAAGUUCUGGACACUGCAGGACUACUUCAGGAACCCUGUUCAGUGUUACGAUAAAUUCUCCUGGAUGACAUUUCUGAAGUACUCAGAUGAGACAUUGGCAGUGUUUAAGAGCUACAAGUUGGAUGACAUGCAGGCCUCCAAGAGGAAACUGGAGGAGCUGAGGGCAUCUGGAGGAGAACACGUCUACUUUGCAAAGUUUCUCACAAGUGAGAAGCUGAUGGAUUUGCAGCUCAGUGACAGUAAUUUCCGACGACAUAUUCUGCUUCAGUACCUCGUUCUCUUCCAGUACUUGACAGGUCAGGUCAAGUUUAAAAGCUCCAGCCUCAUCCUGAACGAUGACCAGUCCACAUGGAUCGAAGAGACAACUAAACUGGUUUACCAGCUCCUGAAAGAGAUUCCUCCAGAUGGAGACAAGUUUGCCACCAUGGUGGAGCACAUUCUUAGCACAGAGGAAAACUGGAACGCUUGGAAGAACGAGGGGUGUCCAAGCUUUGUGAAAGAGAGGACAGUAGACGACAAACCAAAAAGGCCAACAAGGAAGAGAGCAGCUCCGGAAGAUUUCCUGGGGAAAGGGCCAGACCGUAAGAUCUUCAUGGGAAAUGACGAAUUAACUCGACUAUGGAACCUGAACCACGACAACAUGGAAGCCUGCAAGUUGGAAAGCAGGGAGUUCAUGCCGUCUCUGGAUGAAUUCUUUGCAGAAGCCAUCGAACAGGCCGACCCCGUUAACAUGGUGGAGGAAGAGUACAAAGUUGUUCGGAACCCAAACUAUGGGUGGCGGGCUCUGAGAUUAUUGUCCAGGAGAAGUCCACACUUCUUCCAACCAACAAACCAGAAGUUCAAAAGCCUGGCAGACUACCUGGACAGUAUGGUCAGCAAACUGGCCAAAGAACUCCCGAAAGACAUCCCAUCGGAAGAAAUCAAGACAGGUGAAGAGGAUGACAAUGAUGAAGAUGAGGAUGACAAUGGCGAUAAUCUUCUCAAAGAAAGCAAUGACAGUCCAAGCAUACAGAGCAAAAUGGUAUCAAACCAGCAGAUGGACAACGUAGCAGCCAAACUGGGCGCCCAGUGGAAGACACUGGCCACCCACCUGGAGAUGAAGGCGGCAGAGAUGCGGGAGAUCGAAAACGACAGUGAAGACGAGGAGAUGCAGGCCAAACUGCUGCUCGUGGCCUGGCAGGACAGAGAGGGGAGCCAGGCCACGGUGGAAACUCUGAUCACAGCUCUGAACGCUGCAGGUUUCUCUCAGAUUGCAGAGACUCUCAGUGAAGAGUAGCUCGUUUACUGUACUUAAAAAAAAAUCCUGACCUUUGUUAAAUUGUUGCAGCAUUUUGUACGAAAAAAAUACUGAAUUGAAUUUUUGUUUGUAGUUGACUUUUUGAAGGUUUUCACAACAAAUUAAUAAAUGUUUUUCUAAUAA